AUGUCGGCAAGACCACCAGAGAACCCAGCGCUCUCUGACAUGCAAGGAGAACAUGAUGAGCCCUCAACGCAGACGAUCCAGGAAUGCCUAGCAUGGAUGGGCAGAUACACUCAGCCUGAUAGGGUAGCUAAUCUCGUUGAACGGAAUCGCUACCUAUCCAUCGACGGAAAUCUACUCCUUCACCUGAUACAAUGGAUGCCCUCUCUCUUCCCGAAGGCGCAGUGGAUUGAAGGGCCUGCAGUAACGACCGAGCCAUCCCAGAAUACGUUGGCAACAGCAAUGCUCAUUACCGCUUUUAAACGCGUACAAAUUCCAGUUAUUUCAUAUUUCUGUUGCAACGACCAAAGAAACCACGCACCAGUUUCUUACGGAACGGAGCUACUGAAUAUGGUCUUCGCCUUGAUCUACCAAAUCUCAACUAUCAUCCCGGAAGAUCUUUCAUCAUGGUUAGAUUCUGAGGAUAUACCUGACCUAUCAGCCUCGCGGCUCAACUCUCUCCAGCCAGAUCUGCAAAGUCUUCCUGCCGCGAUUGAGCUACUCGGAGACAUGCUAGCUAUCGUCCCGUCGUCGGUAUUUGCCUGCUGUAUCGACGGCCUCCAAUUUCUCGACAAAGAGGACGAAGGGGAAGGGUACAAAGCCUGUUUCCAACAAUUUGUUAAAGUGUUGGGAUAUGCCCAAACAGGAUACCCGCGCGUGCUGAAGAUAUGGCUUUCGACUGACGGGCAUAGCGGGUCACUUCAAGAUGCAGUGGAAGAGAGAUGGAUGCAGACGCGCAAAACUGUUUGUGAGAACCAGGAUGAGUCGCUGAGAAUCGAUAUGAUCCAAUCACUGGAGCAACUGGAUAUGAUGUACAUGAUCGACGGACUUGUAUUUGGGGACCACUGA